AUUUUUUUCUUUAAAAAAAUGCUAAUAAUUUUCAUUGUUGUCAAUAACCUGACAAAUAAAAGACAUCGUUGUGAGCGAAAAGGUUCGUAUCGUACAUCCAGAAGCUAAAAGGCUAUUCUGUAUUAAUACUGUAUAUCAUAAAAGGUUUAUCAAGCACUGAUAGGUAGAUAAUGAGACCCUACUUCAAACGUUAUAGACCGUCCAAAAGAAGUAGUACAUCGAGACAAACCCGACGGCAACGCCUAUCAUCAUCACACCAACAGAAGACACAAUCAACAUCUGGGAGUCAAACCAAAACAACUGAUCCAUACGUAGACUUGUUAAACCUAUUUGGUUCGUGGAGUAAGGUUGGUUCGCAAUAUACACAACAGAUACCACCGGGAAAGCCAUUGCCCGAUAAUGAGCUAAAGGCGUGCACUGACAGAGGUAUUACAUUUAUACAGGCACUCGGCUCCGGAGGUUUUGGUACCGUAUGGAAGUGUAGUCUAAGUCAGCCACUGUCCGACCGAACCGGCCGUCCAACAUAUGAUGGAGGAGUACGAUCUGCACAGUAAACUGAACCACGAAAACAUUGUACGC